CGGUGACAACACCCUGAGUGAAUCUCUCCUUCUACGAAUCAACAGGAAUACAUUCAUGAUGCCGCAAAUGUUUCUCAUCUUCACCAUUUUGAUGCUGCUUGCUGUGAAGGCUGAUGGACAGACAUGUCGGUUUGGACAUCCAGCAGCAGACUGUCAGUAUAACUGUAACUGUGCCGAGAACUGUGACCGUCAGACAGGCUGUGCCGGAAACUGUACCGCUGGCUGGGACGGACCUACCUGUCAGAGACGUAACGUGGCGCUGCACCAGACGACGUACCAAUCAUCUGACUAUAAUGAUACUGAGCGGUUCUACACAUCUGAACUCGCCGUGGACGGUAAAGUGGGUCAUUAUCUGCAGGAAACACCUUGUACUCACACACAGAAUGAUUUACGAAGCUGGUGGAUGGUAACACUGAACAACACGUACAGUAUUUACAGAUUCCAGAUUUACAACAGGGUCGAAAAAUGUGGUACAUUAUACAAACCAUGCGGUCGCCGACUGAACGGCUUUACUCUGAGUGUGGGAACCAACAAUCAGAGCUACAGUACAUGUUAUACAGACACGACAGACAGUGACUACGGUCCUGGGAACAUCAUCAACGGUAGAUGUAACGACAGUAAGCCGAGAACAGGAAACACGGUCCGGAUAAGUUUACCGCUGGGGUCAUUUUUGACACUUUGUGAAGUACGUCUGUUUGUUUGUUCCGAGGGCUGGUAUGGAGUGAUGUGUGACAAGGAAUGUGUGACAGACACCCACUGCUUUCAAUGUGAUGACCAUGGACUUCGGUGUGAAAAGUGUGCGAAUGGCCGAUGGGGUACAGACUGUGAUGAGGGAUGUGGACAUUGCUGGAUUAAUACUGCUUGUGACAAGGACACCAGUGAAUGUCCGAAUUUAUCACCCAGGUGUGAGAGUGGGUUUCAGGGUUACAAUUGUACAUUAACUUGUCAACCAGGAUUAUGGGGAGAUAACUGUGUCAGAACGUGUAACGAGUAUUGCUUGGAACAGCCGUGUAACGCUCAGACCGGCGCCUGUGAGGGUGGAUGUCAACCGGGGCACGCCGGGAAAUUUUGUGACAUAGAGUUCACCGUUGAUUACACAAAUGUCAUUAUCGGCUGUGUGGUGGGCGUCAUUCUGGCAGCUGCUCUCAUUACUCUUUCAGUCGUCCUCUGGGUAAAAAGGCGUCAGCCUGGUCAGUCACAGGGACCGGCGGCCUCUGCUGAGAACACCGCUGUUACCCAUGAUGUCUCCCACCCUGACGUACCCAACCGCACCAGGGAGCCAUGGACCGACCCCGUGACGUACUAUAAUAUGAUAACCGAUGAGGAGCAUCCUUACGAGACUGUCCCCGAAAAGGAGUACGAUAAGAUUCGGUCCUCCAGGCUAGGCACCGACGCCGAUACCAACUACACCACACUCACCUAAACAGUCAUGGCCUAACGGUGCUUUAUUUGUUUUGGACUCAUCGCAACGUUUGACAUUAUUUUGGUUAUCUGCCUCAGGCAACGAAGGCGACAUGUUUAUGGCGCUGCUUCACUGGAACGCUAUGCUGAAGACAGCACCCAUUAUAUACGUCCCACACUAUAUUUGCACCGGGCCAACACCUCGCAAAAGAAGUGUCAAUAGCCUUACGUAUAUUUUCACCAGACUUGGUCUUGAAGCCAUUGAGACGGGGGUUUUAAAGCCAUCGACCACAGCACUGCGGUCAUCUAACUGCCGACAACGUUAUAUGCACCUGUAUAGCCACAUGGCUAGCAGGAAGGGUUGUUUUAUUGAAGACCACUGUGCUCAUCGUUCCCUUGCGCCGUCGUGCUUGAUUUGUCCAACAAGGACGUGCUAUUUGAUAUUUAAGAUAUUGUGGUGACGUGUUGUCGCGCUAAUUUAACGUUAAAAUGACAUAGUCCUCCGUUUUCCCCGUUAUCGCCUUACAAGCUAUAAAGCUAAAGUAACAUGCCAUUUUAAUGUAAAAUACCGUUUUUCUGUGUCUUCGCUGGACCGCGGAGGGCAACAUUUUGACAUUAAAUGUCUCCAUGUGGCGCUGUCGACCCAAGACUUUCAAACGGAUGCGCCAAUUUAAUGGUAAAAUGUGCAUACAUUUACUAAUAUUUGAUUUGUUUUUGAUGUGAUGCUCUGUCUGUUUGACAUUUUGAUACUCUUAACCUCAGUCUAAAAUUUAACUUUUGUAUGUAUAGGCUUUCAUGAAUCUUGAAUUCAGUUCAACUGACCAAACUGAAUUGGCUAACAAUUCUACCUCUGCCUUGUAUUAUUCAAGUAUUGCUGUUUACCUGUGUUUUAGAGAAGAAAACAUUUUUUUAGAAACUCGCUUGACUGCUAAUGAAAGAAUUAGGCGCUUUAAUGGGAUGUUAUACUUGUUCUUUGUUAUUAUUUUACAGAUUUAUGCAUGUAUAUAAGCUUUAUAACCAAGGAUCCUGUUAUUGACCAAAUAGAAUUCGAUAACAAUUUA